AUGGAGCGAGAAUUAGAGAAGGUGCUGGAAGAUAUCCAACAAAUGGACCCUGGUGAAGAAGACAUGGACUUCAACAUGGGUGAUCCAGAUAUGGACUUCAAUGAAGAUAUGAUGGAUGAUGGCACUCCUGCAGAUGUGAUUCCACCUGGCCUGGAUAAUGAAGAUUUUUUCAUGUCUAAUGAUAUAUUUGAUGGUGAUAUGUGUCACCUGAAACUCAAAGCAUCUGAUGGAAGUCUUUUCUUUUCAAAUGGUCCAAAUGAAUGCCAAGGACCUGACAAAGAGCUUCACAUAGGUGUCAACCUUGGAGUUGACUGGUCUAUACUAGCACAUUUAUGGUUGUGUGUAUCAAUCUCUUAUGACUCUGGAAGCACAGCAUCAAGGUACCAACAAAAUCUUGUACAGAAGUGCAAGUUAGGAGAAAAAUACCAACAACUCACCACACCUACCACAUGCAAGAACUUUGUCAAAGACUAUGCAACAUGCUAUACCCAGCUUUCCAGGCUCCCAUACUUCAAUUUAGUCAACCAGGUUGUAAUCGACCCAAUGCAUAAUCUAUUUCUUGGUCUCAUCAAAAUGCAUUUCUACAAUAUUUGGGUGCAAGGGAAAGUACUCCAUCCAAACCAUGAGCUCACCACUUUUCACAACAUGCUUGCUAAUUUCACCCUACCAAGUGCAUGCAGAAAGCUCCCUAAGGACAUAGGCAUGCCCUCAGGAGGAUUGUUCACAGUUGAUCAAUGGCUCUUGCUUUCAACUGUUUACGGUCCAAUAGUAAUACCACAACUAUGGAGUACAUGUCUCCCAAGUUGUGAUAGUGACCAGAUCCUGCAAGAUUGUGUUGCACAGAUCAAGCAACUAGAAACCAAGAAAGCUUGUCAGGCUGAGAAGAAAUUUGCAAACCAUAUGACACUUGAGGCAGCUAAAAAGCAAGGUAAAGAAGCUCACAUACUUGAGAGGGCUCAUAUUGCCAAGGAGAAAGAAUUAGAGGUUGCUGACAAGAAUGAUGCAAGACUUAAAGCUGCUGCCACCAAGCAAGCAGAGAAGGCUUGA